AUCUUCUCUUCCUCCUCUAUCUCCUUCUCCUUCCCUAUUCUCCUUUCCCCCAUUAAUGAAUUAACUUUGUCUUUCUUGGCUUCUCCCGCAGACCAAAAGCUUCUCCUCCUCCUCCUUUUUAGCAAAAGGGCUGCUUUGAAGGAAGAGAGGUUUCUUACACACUCGGCCGCUAGGAGUCAGUCAGUUGUGCAAAACUCAGCAUAAAUGCAACAAUUUACCAACCAAUUGCGGUGGUGCUAGUCAUUUCAAAUCCAUCUGAAGUCGUUUCCCCACCAAAUUUAACGUCUCUGGAGUGCUAUUUCCUUUGAGGCAACAUGAGGAAGAAGCCGCCUGCUCAAAACCAAGUCAGUGUCACUCCGAUUAGAAGAUCGACGCGCUUGCAACAGGAAAAACCUGCUGAAAAGAAUGAACCUCAACACCCAAGAAGUCGGCCCGAUGACAUCCUGCAGCCCCGAGAAAGCAUCAAAGCUUACAAGAAGCAAGUAGAUCCCACCAAGGAACGACCAGAUCCGCCAGAAACGCCUUCAGAAUCGGGAGCUCAGCCAGACGUCGGGCGACAAGCAGAGAAAGAGAAAGUCUUACCCCCCGUUGUGAGGCUGAGGAGAUUGGAGUUGAAGGAAGACCCUUCCCCACCUCCAGAGAGGGGAAAGGAGUUAGACACCCCAAAUAUUCAGUGGGAAGUGGUAAAGGGUCAACAGUCUCGGCUACAAGUCUUGGACACCUCAAAACCACGAAGCAGUAAAGUUGCACAUCCGGAAGACACAACCACACCUAGCCUGCGAAGACCCAUUGAAACCCGGAGACAGGAGACCUGGACCGAAAUCACCCCCAGAAUCAAGGUACCCCCAAUGAAGAAGAUGGGGAGCGACAAGUUGCCACCUAAAGCUUCACCAGCAGAAGAAAUCCACCAGAGAUGGCUCAAGCGCACCUUCUCUUGGUCUUCCCUCUGUUUCCUUCUCUUCUUCCUCCUCCUCCUCCUUACCUGCUGGCUGGUAUGGAACCACGGAGUCCCUGCGUCUCUCGUGCUCGGAAACAGCUCUCUAAGCUGGAAAAAACUGACAACGCUGUGGAACGAGGCGGAAGAAUGCAGCGCGCAGUGCAGCCUGGUUCUCCUGGAGAGCAUCCCAGACAGCUUACAGUAUCCGCCGCCGAGUCCCCAAAAUCCCACCACUUACGAAGGGUGGAUGGAUCUCCUCUCGGAAGCCAACAGCGUGGUAGAAAUCGGGGCUUUCUACUUUACCCUCCGAGGCUCCGAUCUACAAAUGGAAGAGCCUUCGGCGGAGCAGGGCCUGGAGGUGUUUAAUAUGCUGCGCAGCCUGCCUUCCCGGGGGGUGAAGUUAGAGAUCGCGGUGAAUAGCCCUCAAUCGUCCAAAGACGACACCGAUGAAUUGGCCCGUGAUGGCGCAGACGUGCGGUACGUGAACAUGAAGGAACUGACCGGCGGGAUUGUGCACACCAAAUUGUGGGUCGUGGAUCGGAAACACCUCUACAUUGGCAGUGCCAACAUGGACUGGCGUUCCCUUACUCAGGUGAAGGAGCUGGGAAUUGCUCUGUACAAUUGUAGCUGUCUGGCUAAGGAUCUGCACCGGAUCUUUGCCAUGUACCGGAUCUUGGGCAAAGAGGGAGCCACCCUGCCCACCACCUGGCCCAGGGAUCUGGCGGCUAAAUCCAGCCUGGAGGAACCUCUGAAGAUUCAACUGAACGGGGUAGAGGCCCAGGUCUACAUUUCCAGCUCCCCGUCGGCUCUGUGCUCGACCGGCCGGACGUCGGACCUCAGCGCCAUUCUGAGCACGAUUGGAGACGCUCAAGAAUUUAUCUAUAUUUCUGUGAUGGAUUACGAGCCGCAGUGUUUAUAUUGUAAAUCGAGAAGGCUGUGGCCCGUCAUUGAUGACGCAUUACGGAGCGCAGCCUGCGAUAAAGGCGUGGCGGUACGUCUUCUCAUCAGCUGUUGGCAGCAUUCGAGACAAACCAUGUUUGUUUUCCUGGAGUCGCUCACGGUCCUGAGAAGGAAACCCCUCCACUGCCCCAUUGAAGUGAAACUUUUUGUGGUCCCCACAGAAGGGAGAGAAAUUCCUUACGCCCACGUUAACCACAACAAAUACAUGGUGACGGACCGAGUAGCUUAUGUUGGAACUUCUAACUGGUCUGAAGAUUAUUUUCUCCACACCACUGGAGUUGGGCUGAUCGUCAACCAGAGCGGCGUUGCCCCCGAAGCCCAAAGUUACACGUUGCGACAACAGCUGGCGGACGUUUUCCUUCGGGAUUGGGAAUCUCCGUACACCCUCCCGCUCGAAAACCACUCGGAAUGUAUGAAGAAAUUCAGAGAGUGAAGGGUCUCGCUUGAAGAACCGGCCCCUAAGGCCAGAUUCAUUCAGUUUCUCAGUCCAUGAGGACCUUCCUUUAAACGUCUCCUGUGGGUUGGAUGCUCUUGGUGUGUCCCAAAGGUGCUUUCCCCCCCCCCCCCACCCAAGAGGCUCUUGGUCUGCUUUUAGGAAAACGUCAAGCUGCUUUUGCAUUCUUAAGAUAUGGCCUCCCCAGGUUCACAAUCUCUCAUCGGAACAGGGGAGGAAAAGCUAUUGCUGAUCAAUCGUUCUGGGCUCCGAGAAGCUCCAGGAGCUGAAGGAUCAAAUUAGGGACAGAUCAUCAUGGAGAAAAAUCUAUCUAUAUGGUCACUAAGAGUGGACAAUGAUGGACCUCCCUCCCUCCUCUGGACUUCCCUCCCUCUAGCAUCCAUCCAUCCAUCCAUCCUCCAUCCAUCAUCUAUCCAUCCAUUCAUCCAUUCAUCCAUCCAUCCAUCCAUUCACCCUCUGUCUGUCUAUCUAUCAUCUAGCUAGCUACAUAAUUACCUAGCUACCUAUCCAUCUCUGUCAGUCUAUCUAUCUAUCUAUCUAUCUAUCUAUCUAUCUAUCUAUCUAUCUAUCAUCCGUGUAUCUGUCUAUGCAUCCAUCCAUCCAUCCAUCCAUCCAUCCUGUCUAUCAUCUAGUUAGCUACAUAAUUACCUAGCUAAGUAUCAGUCUCUGUCAGUCUACCUGUCUAUCUAUCAUCAUCCAUCUGUUUAUUUGUCCAUCCAUCCAUCCAUCCAUCCAUCCAUCCAUCCAUCCAUCCAUCCUGUCUAUUAUCUAGCUAGCUACAUAAUUACCUAGCUACCUAGCUACCUAUCAGUCUCUCUGUUUGUCUGCCUGCCUGCCUGCCUGCCUGCCUGCCUAUCUAUCUAUCUAUCUAUCUAUCUAUCUAUCUAUCUAUCUAUCUAUCUAUCUAUCUAUCUAUCUAUCUAUCUAUCUAUCUAUCUAUCUAUCUAUCCAUCUAUCCAUCUAUCCAUCUAUCCAUCUAUCCAUCCCAGAAUCAUAGUGUUCAAAAUCCAGUGGGACUCUAUGGUGUAUUUACGAUCCUUCAGGUGCCCAUUGGCUAAUGGUGAAGAACUCUGGAAGCCUAUAAGAUCCUGCCCUCCUUGCUUUCCAGGGAUUAAAAUCCUGCUCUCUGCGGUCUUCUUUCCCCUCUGAAAAUAUAUCCUUUAAAUUAUCUAUUUCCUUUUGAAACUUGAAAGAGCACAUCCGAUUUACUGCUCUGACAUGUGUCAUGUCACCAGGUUGGCCACCUGCACAGAACAACCUGCCUACGUCAGGACUGCAAUGAUCUACAUGAUCACAAGAGGGCGGCAAAAGAAUCCAGUGGGUUUAAAAUCUCUCUCUCUGCUGACCUCUAGUGGUUGUCUCCGAUUCCUGCACCCUGAAAAUGAUAAUCCGUUUUAUUGCUUACGGCCAACGUCUUUUGAAAUUUCUGUUUUGGAAACUCAGGGAUUGUGUUAUAGAUGGGGAAAUAUAUGCCUUAGUCUGAAUGUGCGAUAAGCAAUACGAAAAGACAUCGCUUGGCAGAGUUUAUUUUUGAUAAACCAAAUAAUUUUUAUAAUAAACAAGUUUGUUGUUUACCUGUG